AUGGCUGCAGCUGCGGCGGGAUCGGGUGGCCUGUUCAGGUUUCUGCGCCCGGGAUCUCGACCGCAGUCGACGGACGUAUCCGCGGCUCUCGCCUGGGGCGUCGCCGCCGCCACCGGUGGCCUUUGGCUCAUCCAGGUGCGCAUCUCCCAUCCUCCUCCAUUCAACGACAUUUCCGGGGUUGGAUCGACCAUUGUCCGUCUUAGUUGUGGGAUAUACUCCGGUGGUGUUCGGAUGUAAGGAUUUAUCCGUUGAGGUUCGAUCGCUCGACUGCUUUGCAAUCCAGAUGAGUCUACUUGCGACAUUUGAAAUCUAGUAUCAGAUCCGUUUCGCAUGUUAGUGGAGGCGUCGACCGAUUGCGGAAAUCCUUUAGGCGAUGACGUCUCGGCCGAUUGUAUCGAGGAUGGUGGCAUCCACCGUGUUUUUGCAAAGGGUGGAACAUCCAGCAGUCUAGACCCUGAAUAGUAUAGAUAGGCACGGAGACAUGGCGUAGAGACGGAAAUCUUUUUACUAAUUCAUGGGUUGAGUCUCCUCCCAGACCUUGCAGUCUCGGUAUCUUCCUAAUUUCUUUGCAAGUAUAUCAUGCACCUUGAAAUAGUAGUUAAUCAGUUUGCGCCGACUAGACUAUUUCCGGCGGCAUGUUGGGUAGGGUAGCCGCGACGAAGUCCACGCUUGUCGUUCCCAUGAUAACAAUGAGAAACCACAUGAUCCACUGAUGGCGCCAGUAUUUCAACUCCUGACAGAAGUUACAUCCGGUCACCGUUCAAUGGCUCAUUCGUCAUUCCCACCUUCUUUUAGACUUAUAUCAUACUUAGUUUAAUGCCAGAAUGGUCUCACCUUAUGAUCCCAAUGAUGAAUCCCAUAAGUUUUUUAAUUUCUUGUUCAUUACUUCGUCCUUCGAUUGUGCAUGACGUUGUUAUUUGUUCUUGGGAAAUCAAAUGCCCAUGAAACUUACAUUUGAAACUUGGGAAACAUCUGCUUCCUCUUCGGUUGUAUUCUUCUUCUCUUUGGAUCUAUUUUAAACGCAGAUAGAACCAGUUUGCAUCGAACACGAAUUCUGCGGCAUUGAAGACAGUAAAAAACUGGAAGACGUUCCCAGCCGUCAAUCACCCGAGAGAAGAUGAACCUGAGCUUAUCCAGCGAGAACCGGUUCAGUAUCCAGUCGGACAUUGAAAACAUGCUUGAAUGUGGGAAUUGUGCAGGAGAUUAAUGGGCAUAGAGAUUCCAUUCCGCGGGAAAGUUAUCCCGGGUACUUGCUUGGGUUGAGAUUGCCAUAGCUCCUACUCAUUGCUAGGAAAGCCCAUUCUUUUCGCAUUGCGGCGAUUGCUUUCCAUGCGUUCGAAUUUUUUUUCACCAUAACGGGAGGAAUGGUGGGAACCCGUUAGACUUGUGAAGGUUUUUUUUUGGGGCCGCUGCUGUGUCUCUGACUUUCUUCUAGGUUUUCCGGGCACAGGACACACUGGCCGUGUUUAAUUCAUUGAUUCUGUUGUCUGUUAUCCUCUUUGAAUCGUGGUCUCUUCUCUUUUUUUUUGUAUCAUAUUUAUUCACGGAUGAUGCCUAUCUUUGGUAUUCACAGUGACUUGACUCCUCAAUCUUAUUCUGGAAACCUAUUAACUGACUAUAAAUUGAUGGUUCUUAGUUAAUCUGAUUCUGUUCAUCCUGUGUUUACCUACUUGGUCUUCCAUUUUCAGCCUUUUGAUUGGCUGAAGAAGCAACUCUUCGAGAAGCCCAACCCCGAAGAAUGA